AUGGUAUAUUCACCAUUCUCUACAGAAUUCUAUAAUUCUUACCCUGUGGCUCAUUCUCACCACGCUAUUUCUUCGGUUCAUCAUCUCGAAAAUAUGUCAAAGUCUUCAUACAAUGGUAACGAUAAUUUCUCCAAGAAAAGAAAGCAAGAUUUUCAGUAUCCAAUAACCGCAGUACAAGAAUGUUAUUUACCCACCAAUCAGCAAAAAUCACAGUUGAUAUAUUCACAACAAUCACAACAACUAAAU